UAUCGGAGUCAGAUCGAGGUCGUCUCCGUAUUUUUUUCCAACUUUACCCAUCACUAGUGUUAAUGCCAAUUGUUUACAAAAAAAGACGCGCUGCGAAUGCGAAAAUGUGUUAAGUGCUCGCUCCGAAAUAAAUUCACAUUUUACAAUGAAAAAUGAACCCCACACGUGUCGCUUGUGCUUGCGCAGUUUGUUCCGUGGUCGCAAAAUUGCCAUCACGAACGAAGACUUUCAACAGAAGCUAAAAGCUGUGUUUUCGUUCGAUAUUACGCCGACAGAAAAUCUCCCGGCCGAUGCAUGCCGUGGAUGCCGAGAAACGGUCGAACAGUUCUACGAGUACAGUGAGAAAGUUCGAGCCAACCAGGAAAGCCUGGAAGCUUCGAUUACCGCCACCGAAGCUGAUCCUGACGAGAAGGUGAAAAAAGAAUCGCCAGCCAAAGUCGCUUCCGAACCAAAUGUACACACAGACCCUGCCGACAGCAUCGUGCAGGUUGAGAAUUAUCAUAUUGAGCUGCUGAAGGUAGAACCAUGCCUUCCCGCGACGAAACAGACAAGUGAUCAGCACGAUGAACUGGUUGUGGAGUAUUUGUCGGAAAGUUUAGUCAAAGCAGAAUCGAACGACAGUUUAAAUUACGACGAUGAUAACGGUGACGUGCUAGAAGACACUGAACCAGCACGGGAGGAGCCCACGACCGACGAAGACAAAGGUAAACCGAGCAAUACACCACAGCGACGCAAGAGGGAAAACCGGCCCCGGGAGGAGGAUGAAGAGCUGCUGCGUAAACAUUUCCACCUGGGGUGUGAAAAGUGCUCCUACAAGGCGGAAACGGUAGCGGCACUGUUUCACCAUUACCGCCUGGACCACCAAACACCUGGCUACGUCGAGUGUUGCAAUCGGAAGUUUUUCCGGCGCGCACGGCUGCUCGAACAUUUGGGCGCACACCUGGGAUCGAUCGUGUGCGACGUGUGCGGCAAAGUGUUCCGGAACGUGUGCUCGCUCAAUCUGCACAAGCUGGACCACGAGCAGCCGAAGCACGCGCGGCAGUACAAGUGCGAGCUGUGCAACUAUUCCUUCCACAAGCUGUACCACCUGAAGCAGCACCAGAAGCGCCACGAGCGGUUACGGUGCACCGUCUGCGAUAAGGUGCUGGCCGGCGAGCAGGGGCUGAAGACGCACAUGCAAAAAGUGCACGGCACGGACAACACACAGAUCUGCCCCACCUGUGGCAAGGAGUUCCGCUGCCUGCUGGCCAUGAAGCGGCACAUCAGGGCGCACCUGGGCAUCGUGACGGUCGAGCGGGUGCAGUGCGACCAGUGCGCGAAGUGGUUCGACAGCAAGCUGAACCUGCGCAACCAUAUCAAGGGCGUGCACGAUGGGGCCGGCCCGAUCCAGUGCGAUGAGUGCCAGCACGUCAGCCCGAACCGGCGGGCACUGACGAACCAUAAGCUGCGGACGCACGGCCGCAAGCAGACGUUUGAGUGCGAGCACUGCGGGAAGAAGCUGAACACGAAGCUCACGCUAAAGGAGCACAUGGCCACGCACACGAACAUUCCGCUCUACUCGUGCGAGUUCUGCGGCAUCACGUUCAAUUCCAACGCGAACAAGUACGUGCACCGGAAGAGCAAACAUCCACAGGAAUGGGAAGCGAUGAUGCAGCAAAAGCUCAUGCAGCGAAUGGGUCCAACUGCAAUAUUGCCGGAAUGUUGUUUAAAACAAACGUUUGUACAACAUAGGAGGAUACAUCCCCUCUCGCCAAAUAGAAGAAGAAGAAGAAGAUCCGCAGCAUUUCGGCACGCAAAAAUGAGUGAAAAAUGUCGCCUUUGUCUGGGAAGUUUAUCGUCCACCAGGCCGAAGAUAUCGAUACGCGACGCUGAAUUUCAAGAGGAGUUAAAAACGGUGUUUCAUUUCUAUAUAAUCCACGAUACGGCGCUUCCGGAACACGUUUGCAAUGAAUGCAGAAGUGCCGUGUCUUACUGCCACUCGUACUUCCUACAGGUUCAGGCCAAUCAGGUCCGACUGCUCGGGGAGGCGAACGAAAAUGUCCUUAAGCCGGUGGAAAAUGUUAAGGUGGAAUCACUAUUCGAAGAGGAGGACUAUAUCAAGACGGAAAAGCAUUUACAGAAGGAAGAGCUGGUUGUGGAUCAAGAGGCACCGAUGUGUUUGGAGGACCGGGAAGGAUUGAGUGUAGACGAGUAUUGCGUUCGAGGGGAGAACGAUAAACAGCGACGACGAGCAUGCCAAAGUGUUAAAAACAAGCCCGAUCUACAAAAAGAGACCGAAAAUCAGGACACGUCCGCAAAAGAAGUAUCACAAACAAAACGACUAGAGAACGAUCAAAUCAUAACCCAAUUCUUCACCCUAGAGUGUGAGAUCUGUGCGGCAAAGGCGGAAAGCUUCGUCCAGCUCCUAGACCACUACCAAACCGCGCACAAAACGAAAGGUUACGUGCGGUGCUGCGGUAAGCAGUUCUUUCGUCGAUACAUUCUAGUAGAUCACAUUGCAGCGCACCGCGGCACGAUUCGGUGCGAAAUUUGCCAUAAAACGUACAAAACGAAGCGCUACCUGGCGCUACACUUUGCAAAAAGUCACAGCGGCGAAAGGGAUCGACCGUUCAAGUGCGACAAGUGUCACGUGUCCUACCCGAAGCAGUAUUUGCUGCGGGCGCACGAACUGAUGCACGUCCCGCAGCAGUGCCAUGUCUGCGAGAAGGUUCUCUCCAACACUCAGUCGCUGAAGGUGCACAUCGCCCAGAUGCACGGCGGCGAUGGGCACCACAUCUGUGACACGUGCGGGAAGGUGUUCCGCACCAAACCGGCCAUGGAGCGGCACAUCAACGAGCACAUGGGGGUGGACGUGGUAGAACGGUUACAGUGCGACCACUGCCAGAAAUGGUUCAGCGGGAAGUACAACCUGCGCAAGCACGUGCGCUUUAUGCACCUGGAGGGCGGGCAGGUGUUUCGGUGCGAGCUAUGUCCGCACGAAAGCCCCAACAGUCGGGCACUGGCGAACCACAAGCUGCGGGUGCACGUGGAGGCACGGUUCGAGUGCGAGUACUGUGGCAAGCGGUUCAAACGGCGGCCCAACUUGCGGGAACACAUCGCAUCGCACACGAACAUGCCGCUGUACUCGUGCGAGAUAUGCCAGAAUCGAACGUUCAACUCGAAGGCGAACUACUUUACGCAUCGAAAGCACAAGCAUCCGCAGGAAUGGGAGGCUCAGAAGCGGUUGCGGAUGGAGCGGAAAAUGAGCAAAAAUUAAUUUAUCAAUAAAAUCGUUUUAACUUUUUGUUUAAUUCGCAAAGUGUCCGAUAAGGACACUGUUCAAAAGGUAAA